GGCUUUGGACUGGCUAGUGAAAAACCAAUUAACCAAAUGUCUAAAUCAAAAAUUUGUGUUGUAGAAAAUUCUCUAUCAAAAUGUGAUUCAGCACCUGGUUUUACUGGGUUUGGUCUCGCUAGUGGAAAAUCGGUACUUCAGAAUACCAAAGCUGUGAAUAUAUUCAAUGAAAUUUUGGACGAAUUUCCAAUAGAAACUUCUACGUUUAGAGGUUCAGGAUUAUGUAGUGCAAAAUACAUCGUAGGUGAAAGUAGUAAAACAACCACUUUAUUAAACGAUAUCCUAGGAGAUUUUUCAAAGAAUACAGUGGUCGGUGAAAGUAAUUCAAAAACUUCAUAUUCAAAGCCGAUCCCAAAAGAACUGGAAGAUAAUUCGUUUGACAAUCAAAUAAGUGAAGUUGUUUUUAGCCCACCAAACCCAGUUGAAAAAAGUGCUCAGGAAAAUUCGAAAGUUAGUCCAUUAAAUACAAAGGAAAAUAUUCAACCGUUGCCAAAGCGUGUCAAUCAACUCCGGUCACCACAAGUAACCAAGUCGCCUUUAAUUGAAUCGCCAGAAGCAUUCAUGAGUAACUUAAUAAAUCGACAAUCGAUAGCAGCAAGUACUCCACUUAUGAACAAGAGAGGAAAUUUUAAAAAUUCAUCAGUUAGGCGAACUAAAUUACUAAAUCGCUUGACAGAAGAUCCGGAAGAGCUUGAAAAGAGCGCUUUGCUAGAAGAAAUGACAAUUGAUAUGAAGGAAAUGCGAAAAAUAUCUUACUCUGAACAAGCCAAAGAGAUUGAAACAAAAUCCGAAGCUAUGAAAGCAGCGAUGCCUGGAGCAUUGUUUGUGAGAAAACAACAAGAAAAUAGAGUAAGCUGGCAGAAUUUUGUGAGAGAAAUCAGAAAUUGUCAACCAUCGAUUGAAAUUGCAGCAAAGGACUUAACAUUUGAUAAUGCAAAGCAUUUUCGGUUUAAUUUGUUGCAGAUAUGUAGCAAAUCUGAACUGGAAUCCAACAAGAUGUAUUUUUCAAUAUCUCCUGCAAUCAAAAUAAUUCCUGAUGAGAAAUUCCGAAUAGGGUUUGGUGAAUUUUUCAACACUUUUAUGACUUUGCCAGGAGUAAACAAAAAACUAAUAUCACCAAAAUGGUUUCAACAUCACUAUAAAAUGGUAGUUUUUAAAUUAUUCCUAUAUGCGAAAAGGGCAAAAGUUGCUCUAGGAGUAUUUUUGACUCCGCAAAACAUAAUUGAACAGAUAAAGUUUCGUUACGAUCUGGAAAUCGAUAAAGUCGUUAGAUCGGCUAUUAAGCGAUGCAUCGAAGGAGAUGAUGUUCCAGGAAAACGUCUUGUGUUGGAAGUAGUUGAUAUCCAAGAAAAUGUUGUAACUUUUAGUGAUGGUUGGUAUGCAAUAAAAACUGAAUGUGAUUUUGAAUUAAAAAAGAAAAUCAAAGAGGAAAAACUUUGGAUUGGACGUAGAAUCAUAACAUCAGGAGCGGAAAUUAAGAAUCUGGAUGCUUUUUGUGACCCGAUCAAUAUGCCUGACAGUGUUCGUCUUAAAAUACAUUACAACAGUACGCGAAUAGCUCCAGUUGAUGCAAAACUCGGGUACCAACGAAAUCCUUUGCCUCUGUUAGUAAGGAUGAAUGACAUCAAAAUACAAGGAGGUCUUGUCUCAAGUGUUCUCGCGUAUGUAGCUCGCGUUUAUCCUCUGAUAUUUCAGAACAAAUUGACAAAAGAAUAUUACAACGAACAUCAAGAACGUCGUCUAUGCAUCAAAUGGGAAGCAGAUCGAUCUGCAAGAGCCAAUAAAAUUCUAGAGGAGACCACAGAAGAAGUGAAAAAUGACCUUAAAUUAACAUCUUUUGAUGCUUCGCCUGGCACGAAAGAAGUACAUCAGUUAAGAUGCGCUAUCGAAGAAGGAUCUGACACAUUCAAUAUAAAUCCCGCACAACGUAUUUUACUUGACAACGAAAAUGAGCGAAUUAACAACGAGAUCGCUCGACGUAUCUUGAACAAGUCGAGAACGCUUGCUUGGCAAGUGUCUCCUUGCUUGAGGAUGUGUGUCUUAGAUGUGCAUCAACCGAAAACGGGAGUGAUUCUCACAAUUUGGGAUCCUAAAGACGUUUACAAUCCAAAAAUUAAAGAAAAUCAAGUUUUUAAAAUAACAAAUCUUAAUCCGAGUGUCUGUGAUGGUGCCUUAAGACUUUUCAGUACAAAUAGCACAAAAUUUGAACAAGUUCAUGCAAGUUUCGCAGAUAUUGCGAGAUUUAAUAGAAAUGUGACUCAAUUAGAGGACAUCUCAAUACUCAAGACGAAUCCACCUGAAUUUGACGAAGUGGAUAUAAAUUGUUAUGUUGUGUUUGUUCAGAGGAAAGAUCAAGUGAAUUUAGUUUACGUUACGAAUGCGAAAGGCGACAUGGUCAUCAUUAAUUUUUGUUCAUCUUUAGAAGAAAGUGGAUACAGUGAAAUUGUCAAGGAGGGUGUUUUCUUGUCGUUUCAAAAUCUACAAUGGCGAUCAGUAGGCUCCAGUACAAGUGUUAUCCCGACUCUGUUUGUUAAGAAUUUAUUUACUAAAAUUACAUUGUUGACCGACAGAAAGGUGUCAGAAGAACAAAAAACUUUCAUCCAGUCUUUCAACGGAAUAGAUUGUAAUAAAUUUGCUCAAGAAUUGUCAAUGAAACUAGGAAUAGAACUGAAUGCAGUUAAAAUUAAUGAGUCUCUCGGUGACACAUCAAGACGAGAAAUUGUAGAAACAAGUGUCAAUCAAAGUAAUGAUAACAGUUUGGGGACCAGCAAGCGAAAGAGACUCGGGAAUACUGUUCACACUGCAAAGAAAAAAAUUUGCACGAGAUCACAGACGAACAUAAAAUGAUGCAAAAAUAAUAGAUACUUAAAUAAAUUAUUUGUUAAUCUUCAUUUUGGAAAAUAAAAUUAUUUAA